AUGACAAAAAGCAGACGUACCUCGCUCGGAGGCAUUCAUCUCGUUGGCGGAGGGAUCACACGGAUACGACCGAGAGCGUUGUCAGUGGCGUCCAAAUGCCGCGGCCAGCGCUCGGCGGCACAUAAUGGGAAAUGGCGGAGAGCUCGUCAAAAGAAGAAUACAGGAGCCAAUUAUUUAUUUUUAUACAAUACACGUGAAUCAUAUUCAAGUCGUCACCUGUUGGCUUUAGUCGAAAGCAAUGCUAAUUGUACUCCGGCAGCUAUUUUGGAGUUUCCAUCCGAUGGUCUAACGAGAUUUCAGAGACAGCAUGGUUAUAUUCUAAUUCAUUGUGUACUGGCGAUAUACUGUUUCCUUCUGCUGGGCACCGUCUGCGAACAAUACUUCGUGCCGGCGAUCGAGAUAAUAUGCGAACGCUUAGACAUGGCAUCCGACGUAGCCGGAGCAACCUUCAUGGCGGCUGCCAGUUCAAGCCCAGAACUGUUCAUCAACUGCGUAGGCACGUUUGUGACGGAAGGAGAUUUAGGAGUUGGAGCAAUAGUGGGCUCCGCAGUGUUCAAUGUCCUCGCUGUGCCAGCAUGCUGCGCCUUGGUUGCUGGCAAAAUUAUUGAAUUGGACUGGUGGUCGGUAUCUCGCGACUGCAUGAUGUACGCAGUAGCGGUAGUGGCCUUGAUACUAACGCUGCUUGACGACAAGGUCUUCUGGUACGAAGCACUUCUACUCGUACUGAUGUACACUUUUUAUAUUCUCGCUAUGGUCUACAAUGGAAGUCUUGGUUCCUUCGCUAGAAGUGGCUGUUGCUAUUUCAAUAAACCCAAGAAAUACACUGAAAUAACUCCACUUUUACAUAAAGAGAAAAGUAACCCUUUGGAGGCCUCGCAACGCAUGACGCAUGUCAAUCAGAACAUCAAUGACUUAGAGAACGGAAUUGAGGUUACAAAACGACAUAAUUCAACUGAUUCCGAAUCAAGUUUAAGCUCUCUCUGGUCAUGGCCAGAUGAAAACACUACUGGCUCCCAAAAAAUCUUCUGGAUGGUGACGUGGCCGAUCAGUUUGAUGCUGUGGAUUACGAUACCAGACUGUCGUAAGCGCACCCGGCUUUAUCCUCUCACCUUCAUCAUGUGCGUUACUUGGAUAGGAGGAGUAUCUUAUUUGGUAGCGUGGAUUAUCACUAUUGUUGGUGACACUCUUAAUGUACCCGACAGUAUAACAGGACUAACAAUUUUAGCAGCAGGUACAAGCCUCCCGGAAGCAGUGUCCAGUGUUCUUGUAACAAAUCAAGGACACGGUAAUAUGGGUAUAAGCAACUCCAUAGGUUCCAACACCUUCGAUAUACUACUGUGUUUGGGGCUGCCUUGGCUUAUUAAGUCACUGUUCUAUCCGUCCUAUCCCGACAACCACUGGGUAAAGAUAAAUUCCAGCGGGUUAUCCUACAGCGCCAUCUCUCUCCUUUCCACGUUAUUAGCUCUAUACAGUUGUCUUGCUCUUAAUAAAUUUCAAUUAGACUGGAAAAUAGGAAUCACGUGUGCGUUCAUUUACGCCGGGUUUUUGUUAAUGGCUUCUUUGAUUGAGCUUAAUAUUCUUUUUGAUGUGAAUUUGCCAAUUUGUGCCCAUUUGUAA